UCUCCAGGCUCCCCUCCCCUCCUGCCUCUCGGUCUUCAUAUCCCAACACCGUUCCCUACCUUGGCUCUUUUGCGAAGAUUCGCGCUCCCUUCUCAUUCUUGGUCUUUCAACCAUGAAGGUCAAAAUCGCUGCCUUUUUAGCCGGGAUUCUGGGAGUUCUCGGCGUCCUUCUCUUUCUGAUGUCCUUCGGGACGGAUUACUGGCUGCUGGCAACGGAGACUUGUGGGGGAUUUGAACCCGAGAACGUCACGCGUCCGAACAAGGAGGAUGGGAGGGAAGACUGGAAAGAAGACGCAGGAAUCCUUACUUUUCACCAUGAAGGUUUCUUCUGGAGGUGCUGGUUUUUUGGUGAAGGCUACAAGGAGACCAUCUGGAACUUCUGGUUUACUAGCCAAGCCCAUCCAAAACAUUGCAUUCAUGGCUACCUCUUCCCUAUGCCGAUCGCACUAGGACCACACCCACAUCCAUCCUAUGAUGCAACUGCAGUGUACCGGGGCUUCUGGACAGCAUUCAUUGUGCUGGGCGUGACUGCUAGCCUUGUUGGGGGAUUCCUCUUGGUGUGUGGUGUGCCCUUUGUCAACGCACGGUUCUACAAAGUGGGAGGUGGAUUCCUUCUGGCUGCAGGAGUUUUAUUUGCCUUGCUUAUUCUGAUGUUUGUAAUGUGGAAGGAAUUUGCUGCCGAUCUCCCUAAAUACAUCCUCUUGGAAAGAAGUGAAAGAUGUAUGAAUGACACUCCUGUAAAUGUUUAUUACGGGUGGUCCUUCCUGUUUGCUGCUGCUGGGCUUCCUUUAGUGCUGAUGUCUGGACUUCUGUUCUACCUUGUUGGUCACACUAUCCUGAAGGAACUGGAAUAAAAGAAGUGGCACCAAACAUUCGGGAGGGAAAUGUUCCAUCUGGAACCAGAGCGGUACAUCUUUGCCAUCCGGACAGUAUCUGUAGAAGUAUUGGUACUCGUCCUAAUACUCAUAUUAGUCCAAGUAUGCUAUAAAAUAACGGUGGGAGGAUCAUUUUAGCGGGGAAUGUAGUGUUAGCUACAGAGCUGACCCAUUUU